CCAGUUUUUGGGUCAAUUGGGAAAUUGGUUCCCCAAAACCAGGCAACACAACUUACACAAUAAAGGUGAUGACUGAAAUUGCUCAAUCUAAAGAAUUUAAUGUUAUUGGCUAUGAGAACAGAAAUUACCUGGUAACGGGUCUUGAGGAGUUUUGGAAUUACACUGUUACAGUCACUGCAUCUACAUCUAUUGGUUCAGUGACAUCUGAUGUGUCAGACAAUUAUCGUACAUUACCUGCAGCUCCCGGCAAGGUGUCAAGUUUUAGUGUUCAAGAUGGUCCCGGGCAGACGCUAAACAUUUCAUGGAAAACACCAAAUAUUCUUGAAAGAAAUAGUAAAAUUAUGAAAUAUAGAUUUAUACACAAUGCUACUGGAGACCUGCAGUCGCAACAGAUACUCAACCAGAACGCAGAUGAAAAUUAUGAAUAUUCUAUAUCUCUCGACGUUGUCCCAGAAACUUUUUAUUAUUUUGAGGUGUUUGCAAUAAACGAGCAAAAUAUGAAUGGUGAAAAACUAAUCACUGUUAAGCAAGCACACGCAAAAGUUCCUGUCAAUAUUGAAGAAACGUUAGGAGUCGAUGUUAUUCCAUUGCGACUUCUGAAAGAUAUUGAAAGAACUCAAUUUACCGUUACUUUAUUGAAAGAGUUCUUCGAGGAGUCUACAAACGGUGAAAUAAAAGCAACUGGAAUAAUAGCUUGUGUGAAAGACUGCAAUUUAGAAGACAUCAGGAAAGUUACAGAUUUCGACACAAUGAAAACUUGGAAACAGUUCACAGACCAAGGUCCUGGAUUUUAUCGUGUUACAAGUCCUUUCUGGUUUGACGAGAUUCAGACCUUUUGCAAUACUGGAAGGAAGAAAAGAUCGAUAAAAUCUUUCGAAUAUACACUUGGCAGUGAAUACUGUACAUACCUCCCUGCUGAUGAAUAUUGCAAUGGCCCUCUACAGCCAGGUACUAGUUAUAAACUUGUUGCUGUAGUAUGUAACAUUGGCGGUUGUCUGCUUAGUCGACAGUAUGGACCUUUCAUAACAGCUGCCGCAGCACGUGUUAUAGAAGACUCUAAUUGUUCUACGCAAUCUAUUGUGAUUGGAGUUGUUUUAGGCCUAAUUAUUCUAGUACUGCUUGUCUAUGCUGGGUAUACAACCAUCACUUUACGACGCAUUCGAUCAAAAGAUGGACAAAAGACAAAUUCAAACGACAAGAGCGGAAACAUUAGUCAAACGUAUGCGAAUGAAGCAUUCGGUUCAGAAGUGACUCGUAGAGAUUAUGGAAAUCCAGCUGGACAGUAUAGCGAAUCUGAAUACCAUACGCUAGAUUCCAAUACAAGAGAAGACAGGACUACUUAUGAUACACUUAGGAACGGUCCAUGAACAGUUUUUGUUUCAUUUGGUGAACACAAACUAUAAAAUAUAUCAAAGACUGAAACUACUGCUUAUUUGUGUAUGAAAUUAUUGCUAUCAUUAUUAUUUACCUCUAACGUGGUAAUGCUUAUAUUUAUAAUAACAGUGUAUAUAUGUAACUUUACAAUAUGGCGCUUUGUAAAAACCAUUCUUAUAAAAGUUAACUUUAUUCCAAAUGUUAUCUACACAUGAAAAAAGUUAAUUGAGAUAUCAUAGCUAUGUUUUAUCUCUUUUUUAAAAUAAUCUCUUUUAUAUAUACGUAUAUAUAUUUUAUAUAUCACGCUUAUUUUAUACCAUUUCUAUUAAAAUCAAUUGAUUCCAAAUGAAGCUACGUUUAAAAAAAAGGUAUUGAGUUAUUUAUGGAAGAAACAAAUGCGAAAUGAAGUUUUACUUAUAUCAAAGUAUUUUUAAACAAUGUAUAUUUGCUAGAGAAGUAAUAUAAUAAAGUGUAUCGACAUGAGUUAAAUGACACAUCAGGUUUCUUACGAUUUUUCUGUGACUAAAGUUAAUGUUUUUGUAAUCAAAUAAAUUUCGUGUUCUUUGAUUUCCUUGAAAAUCUUAAGAAUAUGCGACUGCUAUAAUUUUACAUUCUAUUUGUGUUGUUCAAAGUAAGAAUAUUAUGAUUUGUAUUAGAUUUUGUUCAUAACAAGCAACACUGUAUUUUCAGGCAUUUACAUGCAUCAGUGUGUAUAUAUAAACAAGAAAUAUAAAAAUACCAUAUAGUUACAACGAACCAUAUCAAAAUUCAAUUUGGCCUGCGAUUCUUAAUUCACGUAAAAUGUUUUAUCAGUUGUAGACAACCUUGAUAGAAACAAAUCAUAAUUGAUCACAUGAGUGUCAUUUUUCUUAUCGGACUAUAUUUAUUUUGGAAUGAAUUGUUAAAUAUCUAGUUCAUUACAAUAUAUUUAGAAUAAUUUAUAUUUAUACUCUUAUAAUGAAAUAUAUUUUCUGCAUUAUUGAAUAAAUAAAAAAAUAGCGUUAAUAUUUGUUUUAUAAAAUUGUCUGCUUGCAGGUACUUGUUAAGCUCAUUAGUAAGGACGAUACUUUUCUACCUGACUAAUCGCGUGGUAUAAUUCCCGUUACUUUACGGCUAUGUAAGGUUCGGAAACUCGUGCUCCCAACAACUGAAUACAAUACAUGCUUACACGUUUUGAUGAAGAAAGGAAAAAGUCUCAUGACCGAUAGAUAACUGUGUCGGAUAUCGAACCCGUAAAUCGUUGAAUAAUACCGGUUGUUUAUAUAUUUGAGACAAUUCCCGUUUCCAGAUUGUACAGAUAAGUACAUACAAAGAGAAGCAAUUAUAAUAUUGUCCGCAGUAUCUUAUAGGUCUUAUUUGUAACAAUUUGAAAGCUAAAGUUAAAGCUAACAAUACGGCCAAAUUGAUGUUUAUUGACAGAAAAAAAAUGAAAUAAUAUUGAUCGAAACUGUAUGAUCUCCUUAACACGAAGUCUAAAUCAUUGUUCACAUAUCUAUAUAUUUUUCUCUAUUCUGUCUGUUUAAGUUAUGGGAACUUUUGAUACGUGAUUUUAUGUUCAAAGUAUCUAACGUUGAAUGCCCUUUGACGUACCGAAAAGACUUAAAGGCUUCAACACUUCAGUUUUGUAUAAAUGCACAUUCGAGUACAGCUUAUAAAACACGAAGCCUCAUAUAAAACACUAUAAAUAAGCUCAGCAUAGUAACUGAUUGAGCUACAAAUAAAAACUCGAUAUAUACCUAAGAUCGUUACCUUAUUUUAUUAUUAUGUUUAUAAUUCACACCGCGUUAUCUCUUUGUCGAAUAUUGAAGUUCUAUAUAAUAGACAUUUUUGCAAGCAUUUUCAAAU